AGAUUAUCCCCCGAAUUGAGUCCCCGCCAAUUUGCAGUUGAUGGGUUGGGCCCACAAGAUAGUCGAGCUCAAGCAUAAGUCGCCGGAAGAAGCAUUUCACGUUCUCUCUGGCGCUGAAUUCUGAGCUGCUGUCAACGACAACCAUGUUGAAGCCGCUGUAUCUUGUUGCAUGCAAUGCCGUCUCAACGAGGAUUCGUUGCAGAAAUUUCAGAGCUACAAUGUCCUCUGAUGCCCCUCCUCCUCCUCCCCCUGAACGCCGCGUUGUUGUAGGGUGUGGAAUGACCACUGUAGAUUUCAUUGCCACUGUGGAUGCAUUUCCCAAGCCGGACGACAAGGUCAGAACAACCAGCUUCAAGAUUCAAGGAGGUGGCAAUGCUGGUAAUGCUUUAACUUGUGCUGCUCGCCUGGGGUUAAAACCAAAGUUGAUCUCCAAGGUUUCUGAUGAUGCCCAAGGCAGGGGCAUACUGAAGGAGCUGGAAGCUGAUGGGGUGGAUACUUCCUUUUUUGUUGUCUCCAAGGACGGUAGUUCAACAUUUUCAUAUGUGCUUGUGGACAACCAAACAAAAACUCGUACAUGCAUUUCUACCCCUGGAGACCCGCCCAUGAUGCCAACUGACCUGUCCCAAUCAAUGCUGUUAUCUGCAUUUAAUGAAGCACAAUUAGUUUAUUCUGAUGGAACAUCAACUGAAACGGCACUAUUUGUUGCACAUGAGGCAGCCCACAAUAACAUACCUAUUUUAGUUGAGGCAGAAUCAGUGAGGGAAGGAUUGGAUGAGCUCCUGGGUCUUGCUGAUUAUGCUGUAUGCUCUGCAAGGUUUCCACAGGCGUGGACCCAAGCACCAUCUAUUCCAAGCGCACUAGUUUCUAUGCUUUUAAGAUUGCCGAAUAUCAAAUUUGUGAUUGUGACUCUGGGUGAAGAUGGAUGUAUAAUGCUGGAGAGAAGCAUGACUGAGGGUACCGAGAUAGAAGAAAGGGAUGUGGACAAUGUAACAGAAUCCCUAUACAAAGAGAAAGAUGAUAGUCUGGUUAUCCCAACUUGUAUAUCAUCGACCGUGACAAAAUUAAGAGCAAAUGGAAUAGGGACCGUAUGUGGACGUUUAUUUGUUGGAACAGCAGAGAAGAUACCGGCUUAUGAACUGACUGAUACAACUGGUGCUGGGGAUGCAUUUAUUGGAGCCAUUCUUUAUGCUAUCUGUGCAAACAUGUUACCCGAGAAAAUGUUGCCAUUCGCCUCUCAAGUGUACAGUUUUGCUAAUUUCGUGAUGACGGCAGGCAGCUGCCAAAUGCAGAGCUCUGGGUGCUCGAACUGGUCUUCCUCACCGUACGGACCCACGCUUGGCAUCCUUUUUAAGCUAGAGAUUUCUGGGCAUUGUUCUUUUGCCUGUGCUGAAGGAUAGGCUUUUGUAUAUUUCUUCUGGGAUAUGUUAUAUUUAAUUGAACAGGGCUAAGAUUGUGAGAUCAAUAAAGCACUGGACAUUAGUUUUCCUC